GGUCACACUGACGCUUUGCAAACAGCGCUGAAAAGCUACAAAUUUAUAAACAAUGAACAGCGAAAAGGCUGAAAAAGCCAAAGUCAACGCACAAAUCAAACAUGUGCCCAAAGAUGCACAAGUCAUUAUGUCGAUACUUAAAGAGCUCAACAUCCAGGAGUACGAGCCACGCGUAGUUAACCAAUUGCUUGAGUUUACAUUUCGGUAUGUUACUUGUAUACUGGAUGAUGCCAAGGUAUAUGCAAACCAUGCACGCAAAAAAACCAUCGAUUUGGAAGAUGUGCGGCUUGCCACCGAGAUGACUCUGGACAAGAGCUUCACUGGACCUCCGUCACGUCAUGUGCUGGCCAAAAUGGCGGAGCUACGCAACGCGAUGCCACUGCCUCCAAUCAAGCCGCAUUGUGGUCUCCGUUUGCCGCCCGAUCGCUAUUGUUUGACCGGAGUCAACUACAAGUUACGCGCUACAAAUCAGCCCAAGAAGAUGACUAAAUCGGCACUGGAGGGACGCACGGUGAAGACAAUGGUCAAACCCGUAUCUAGCGCCAAUGGACCCAAACGUGGCCAUUCAGUUGUGUCAAAGCAACAAGUUGUCACCAUUCCGAAGCCAGUCAUCAAAUUCACAACCACAACGAAAACUGUUACUCCUACGGAAAAAAAAGACGCGAAUCCCAGCGACAUGAAAAUGGAAGUGGACAGCGAUGCGGCAGCCGUAGGCAGCAUUGGAGGAAGUAAUGCGGCUGUAAAACGGGAACGCGAGGAGGAAGAAUUCGAAUUUUCAGCGAAUUAAUACCACAUAUGGAUGUAAAACAAUCAAUUAUAUUUUAGGCAUAUAUUUGUAACUUUAAUAGAUAUGUGAAAUUCACUAAUAUCGGAUAUU